UUUGUAAUGCAACGUUCAUGCCCUUAUUGCAAUUCUUUAUUUUCUUCAAAAUAUUCUGGAGGAAAACUUAACAAUAAUUCUGAAUUUGGAUUUUCUUGUUCAAACUGUGGCGCUAUUUUGGAGGAAGAUGAGGAGGAAAAACAGGCAAAUUUAGAAGAUAGAACAAAUUUGGAUUAUGAUGGGGACGAUGCUUUGACAAAUGGUUAG